GCUCCAGCCGCGCCUUUUCCUGUCACAACGGAACGGCUGUGCGUCAGGACGGCGGGUCAGCUGACAGCGACCGGAGGACCAGCAGCAGCGGGAGGAGGAGGAAGGAGCGGAAGAAGGAGCGGAAUUAGCGGGUGUGUGUGAACCGAACUGGGAACCUACCGGAUCCUGACACAACCUAUCACCGAGGCCAAACGGGGGAGCGAAACACUGGUGGCGUUCGGGCGGGGGUUUGGUUUCACCAUGGCCAGUUGGGACUGAGAAGCAGCCACAAUGAUUGGAGGAUUGUUCAUCUACAACCACAAGGGGGAGGUCCUCAUCUCCCGGGUCUACCGAGAUGACAUUGGGCGCAACGCGGUGGAUGCGUUCCGUGUGAACGUGAUUCACGCCCGGCAGCAGGUUCGAUCCCCGGUGACCAACAUUGCCCGAACCAGUUUUUUCCACGUCAAGCGCUCCAACAUCUGGUUGGCGGCCGUCACCAAGCAGAAUGUCAACGCCGCCAUGGUGUUCGAGUUCCUGUACAAGAUGUGCGACGUCAUGACGGCCUACUUCGGCAAGAUCAGCGAGGAGAACAUCAAGAACAACUUUGUGCUUAUCUACGAGCUGCUGGACGAGAUCCUGGACUUUGGAUACCCCCAGAACUCAGAGACUGGAGCUCUGAAGACCUUCAUCACCCAGCAGGGCAUUAAGGGACAGCACCAGACAAAAGAGGAGCAGUCUCAGAUCACCAGCCAGGUGACGGGGCAGAUCGGCUGGCGGCGCGAAGGCAUCAAGUAUCGCCGCAAUGAGCUCUUCCUCGACGUGCUGGAGAGCGUCAACCUGCUCAUGUCACCACAAGGCCAGGUCCUGAGCGCCCACGUGUCGGGCCGAGUAGUGAUGAAGAGCUACCUGAGCGGGAUGCCAGAGUGCAAAUUCGGCAUGAACGACAAGAUCGUCAUCGACAAGCAGGGCAAGGGAGCAGCAUCUGAUGACGCGGGGAAGAGUGAUUUAGGGGGAGGAAGCAGUGGGAAGCAGUCCAUAGCCAUCGACGACUGCACCUUCCACCAGUGUGUGCGCCUCAGUAAGUUCGACUCGGAGCGUAGCAUCAGCUUCAUCCCCCCCGACGGAGAGUAUGAGCUCAUGAGGUACCGCACCACUAAAGACAUCAUCCUGCCGUUCCGAGUUAUCCCUCUGGUCAGGGAGGUUGGCCGCACUAAACUGGAGGUUAAGGUGGUCAUCAAGUCCAACUUCAAGCCCUCGUUGCUGGCCCAGAAGAUCGAGGUGCGUAUCCCAACGCCGCUCAACACCAGCGGCGUGCAGGUGAUUUGUAUGAAGGGAAAAGCCAAGUACAAGGCCAGUGAGAACGCCAUUGUCUGGAAGAUCAAACGCAUGGCUGGGAUGAAGGAGUCUCAGAUCAGCGCUGAGAUCGAGCUGCUGCCGACCAACGAUAAGAAGAAAUGGGCCAGGCCUCCCAUCUCUAUGAACUUUGAGGUUCCUUUCGCUCCCUCCGGUCUGAAGGUGCGCUACUUGAAAGUGUUCGAGUCCAAGCUCAACUACAGUGACCACGACGUCAUCAAAUGGGUGCGGUACAUCGGCCGCUCCGGCAUCUACGAAACGCGCUGCUAAAGUUCAACCCGCUCCAGGCAGCGAACUGACCACUUCUCCUCCCAUCUAUAAGAUUUUUUUCUUCUGCCCCUUCCUACUUUGUCUCUCUCUCUCCUCCCCCCUCAACCCUUAUAGCUUCUCUCAUACACCCCCCACCCACCUCCACCCUCACCCAUUCCUAACUAGGUGUUGGAGAUUGAAUUUACAUCGUUUAAAAAAAAAAAAAAGAAAAGUAAAUAUGAUAUAAUGCACAGAUAUAUGCAAAAUGUGAACCAUUGUAUCGUAUAUAUCUCGUAGUGAUGAGUAAACCUGUAAACCAACUGGUGUUCCGAAAAAGAAAAAGAGGGCGUGUGAUGCAGAUGGGGACCAGGGGGAGAGGACUGUCUUUAAUUGGGUGCUCUCUUGUGUUUAUUCAGUGUUAUUAUUCCACUAUCUACUCUCCAGUUACGUUAGAAGGCCCACAAUUCCUAGAGGUAAUCCCUGGUGAGAUGAUUUGUAGCUGUUGUGGUUUAAAUGAAUCCUGAUAUUGUUCCUGUAAAUUAACUUCUGUCUCAGUAGAGUCUACCCUUCAAAUUCAAGAUGUUUGAUUCUGUAUUGUGGACUGAUUGAUAUUUGAUCUGUGUUUUUUUUUUUUUGGUCAUUUGAAUCAAAGGUCUCAAUUCAAAGUCUCUUAUGGGUAUUUCGAGAAGAGAAGGAAUUGAUAGUGACCGAGCUGUUUUUGUACAUCCUGGAAUUUCUUUCCCUUGCUAUUUUUCCACUAUUAGUUUUACCAGCAUCCAGCGAGUAAAGUUAAAGCAGAGGGGAAUAUUGCAGUUUCAAGGUCUGAACAUCAAACCGAUAAGCUUGUUUGUGUCCCAAAUUCCCUGUUUCUGAAGCACCGAGAUCAACUUUGUCACACUAAUUUGAUUCAGAGGUGCUUUUUGGGGAAAUCUGGCUGUGGGAGUGUGUCUGCAGUGAGGUGAGAUCUCCCCCUGGUGUUUGCCUCAUCACUGUCUGCUUCUUCAUGUUUGUAGCCCUGGUGACCGUUCUGUCCAAUAAAAUCUGACUAUGUAACCAA